AGUACUGAGCCGCUUUGUAGCUUGGUGACCGCCAAUACAACCGCAGAAGAAGAGUCAGAGCGCAGAGCGCUGAAAAGCGGAGCGCUUCUUCUCCUUCGUUCAUUCGACCUGCAGAUUCUCUCAUCGGCUGUCUGGCUCCCGCGAGUGCUAAGAUAUUAUAAAUAUGGCGGACGAAGGUAAAUUGUUCAUCGGAGGACUGAGCUUUGAGACCAACGAGGACUCUCUGGCUGCGGCCUUCGGCAAAUAUGGAACCAUCGAAAAAGUGGAUGUGAUCAGAGACAAAGAGACGGGGAAGUCUCGUGGUUUCGGCUUCGUGAAAUACGACAACACAGAAGAUGCUAAAGACGCAUUGGAAGCGAUGAACGGCAAGACUGUGGAUGGACGGGCUAUUCGUGUGGAUGAAGCAGGAAAGGGAGGACGCAACAGAGGGGGAUUCUCCGGGGGUCCAAGAGGACAGCGUGGUGGAUUCGGGAGAGGGAGAGGUGGACGAGGUUACUCCAGAGGUGGCGGAGGAUACAAUGGUGAUAGGGGAUAUGGUGGUGACAGCCGCUACAAUGACAGAAGCUUUAGCAGCGGUGACAGGUUUGGAGGCAGUGGUGGUGGUGGCGGCGGCCAGUACAGGAGUAGCGGAGGAUAUUCAAGCUACAGAGACAAUAGGGGUCAGGGUGGAUAUGGUGAUCGCUCAACCUAUCGCGAUUACGACAGCUAUGGUGCAAACGAGUAAACAUCUCCCUGAUUCAAGAUCAUCACUUGGCUGGCUGUAUUUCAAAGAUGCGCUCCUCAAGAAAAAUGUCCACGUGUUAUUGCUGACCUUAGUUUUGUAGUUCUGUUGUAGUAGCUCAAGCAUCUUAAGAAACUAGCCAUGAGUUUUGGUCAUUCCUAACAAACCAUGUUACAAAUUGAAGUUCAAGACUCUUACCUUGCUUGAUUGGGCAUCCUUAUUCCUCAAAGGUCGUUUGUUAAUUAAUUAAAAAGGCAUCUGUGUAAUCUGAUUAGUACUGUAAAGUCCCAGUUCGGGGACCGAACAAUGGCUCUCCACAUGGCUUUUCGUUGAACAGCCACCACCAUCGCUGUAGACUCUUUAUCCAGCACGUUAAAGUGUUUUCUGAUUUUUGAUUCCUUAUUUAGUUUAUUUUUUUAUAUUGAUAUAUCCGAUGGGGCUUGUUUUUGUUUGUUUGUUCCUUUAAUUAUUUCCCCUCUCAGUCUCUGUGGCUGACCUACCUCUUGCCAGGUUUUAAACUGAGUGAGGAAAGAAAUCCAGUUAUUCAUAAAUAGACUUUUGGGGGAUUUUAUGCUAAAUUCCUUUACUAUUAAAAACUUAGUCUAGCUGAGGCUCCUGUGUGUUCAAUUUCCCAAAAGAGUGAAUUCCUUUCAGACUGGUGAACUACACAUCCGAAGUGGCCGGCUGUUCAUGAAGUUGCAAAUUGCAGCAUGCUACAGUCUGUCCAAGGUAUCUUCUGUGCUCUGCUCAACAUCUGCAUUUUAAAUGUGCUGUAAAAUGGACUAAUCUUGUUUAAGUGAUCGAGAAAUGUAACUUCGUUUCCCCAAAGUAAUAUCCAACCGGGAACAGUUUUGUACUUUAUGUUCUUUGUAUGAUCAACAUUUUUUUUUCUUUGUCAGUUUGGCUUCAUGGAGCCUAUUAAACAGACUGUGGAAAAUAA